AUGGGUUCUUUUGGCCUCUUGCUGCUGCUGAUUCUGUCUCUGCUUGGGACUGCCCUGGGCAAUUUUGCCACUUCUCCGGCAGACAACAAUGCAGAGAUUUGUCUCCUACCCAAGUGCAAAGGACCCUGUAGAGCCCGAAUAGCCAGAUACUACUAUGACAGGCACUUGCAGAGCUGCCAGCGGUUCUGGUAUGGGGGCUGUCAGGGAAACGCCAACAAUUUCAAGACCCAAAAUGACUGCAAGAAAACCUGCUGGAGGAUUCAGGAAGUUCCCCCAAAUUGCCUGCUGGAAGUCAGUGAGAAACCAUGUAAAAAUGCCACAAAGCAAUAUUAUUUCAACCUCAAAUCCAUGACAUGUGAACAAGUCAAGUCUGGUAACUGCCUCGGCAAUGAGAACAGCUUCCCAGACAAAGCUGCAUGUAUGAGACUCUGCGUAUCAAGGAGAAAUUCAUCAUUUUGCUACAGUCCAAAAGAUGAGAGACUGUGUUCUGCCAAUGUGACUUGCUAUUAUGCUAAUUCAAGACACAAAGCUUGUGAACCUAUUACCUAUCCUGGCUGUGGAGAAAAUGGCAAUAACUUUGUUAGCGUAGAGGAUUGUAAGAGAGUUUGCAAAAGAGCCUUGAAGAAGGAAAGGAAGUCCCAAAGAGUUAUCUCUGUUAAUAGAAACCUGAGAACUCAGAAGAUACAACUUUAA